CCUAGGUGCUGCAGGAGAAAUGGCUGCUCCCAUUGUGUAUGGCUAAGCUAGCUUACUGUUGGAUCGAUAUUUUUCGUAAGGCGUAUUUGUGGUAAGCAAAUAUCUUAAAAUGUUAGCCAAUUAUUUUUAGCGUGCGUUUUAAAUUGUCAAUUGACGAAACAAAGCGAAAACGUAUAGCGAUAUUUAACUAGCUAACGCCAUAUUAGCGCGCUUAUUAGCUUGUUUGCUUUCAGUUUAGCUUGAAUUAGUUAGCCAGGUUACUAAAUCAUUCGUUAAAAAAAGCGUAGUUUCAUUUUCCUCGUGCGUAGUGCUUUAACGUAAGUUCUACAGCGGAUCAAUGCCUGAGCAAGGCCCGAGAAUGAACGGCUUCUCCCUGGGCGAGCUGUGCUGGUUGUUCUGCUGCCCGCCCUGCCCGAGCCGCAUCGCCGCUAAGCUGGCCUUCCUGCCCCCGGAGCCGACGUACUCGGUGCACACGGAUCCUGAAGGCGCGUGCAGCUUGCACCUGAGCGAGCGCGCGGAUUGGCAGUACUCGCAGCGCGAGCUGGACGCCGUGGAGGUGUUCGGCACGCGCACGAGCCGCGGAAACCGCGUGCUCUGCAUGUUUGUGCGCUGCGCGCCCAGUAGCCGCUACACGCUGCUGUUCUCGCACGGGAACGCCGUGGACCUCGGGCAGAUGUGCAGCUUCUACAUCGGCCUCGGAUCGCGCAUCAACUGCAACGUGUUCUCCUACGAUUACUCCGGGUACGGCGUGAGCACCGGGAAACCGUCCGAGAAGAACCUGUACGCUGACAUCGAGGCGGCCUGGCAGGUGCUCAGGACAAAAUACGGUGUGACCCCAGAGAACAUCAUCCUGUAUGGGCAGAGUAUUGGUACGGUGCCAACGGUCGACCUAGCAGCACGGUACGAGUGUGCAGCAGUCAUCCUGCAUUCUCCGCUCAUGUCUGGACUGCGCGUAGCUUUUGCAGACACCCGCAAAACCUACUGCUUUGAUGCUUUCCCCAGCAUUGACAAGGUGUCCAAAGUGGCCUCUCCGGUCCUCGUGAUUCACGGCACGGAGGACGAGGUGAUCGAUUUCUCGCACGGCCUGGCCAUCUACGAGCGAUGCCCACGUGCGGUAGAACCGCUGUGGGUGGAGGGCGCCGGGCACAACGACAUCGAGCUGUACGCGCAGUACCUGGAGAGACUCAAGCAGUUCAUCUCCUUCGAGCUGGCUACCUCUUGAAAGCACACCGCAACACACUGUACAACAUCACGGCACACACUGCGAUGAGCUCCUCUUAGCUGUUUACACACCAAGCUGAGGAUCAGCGUCAAGGAUUUGCACUUGCUGACGGAAAUUCUGGACUCUUCUUUUAAAGUGUAUAUGGUGGUAUUAAGGAACCAGGGCCUUUCCAUUUCUGCAAAAGAGGAAAAGCCUUUUUUUUGUUGCAUUUCGAUUUUUAUUUUUUGAUUCUUUUCUACUUGAUGAAGCAAAAUUUUAAAUGCACCACAUACUUUACAUUUUUUGCGUUUUUGUUUUGUCUAGCUUUUUUUUUUUUUUUAGCGUGUAUGUAAAUACCCAACAGGGGUAAGUAAAUUGAUGCACUAUUGUGCUAUGUUGUUGACCACUGUUUUUGUAUUUGUUGUUUUGUUUUAAUUAUUUCUCUAGGCAUUCCAUUGAAUUUUCUUGACUUGUGUAAAAGAGAAUUUGCUCUCAAAUUUUUUACAGAGCCAUUCUGUUUGUAUAGGUUUCUUCUUUCUUUCUUCCUUUUUUUUAAGCCAGUAAGUGAAGGAAUACUAUCACUGAGAACGUAACUGAUCAAACCACUACAUAGUUUCUGGCUCUGGUGGAUGGUGCUGUGUGUUACUACAGGAAUCAGGGCAUUGUUUGCGCAUACACACCACAAAAAAAAUGUGUUCAUAUAUAAAACUUGGUCUCUGUUUUGGCGCCAGUGCUACAGUAAGCCUCAUGCUCUCCAACAUUUUUUUUUUGUCUAUCAUUUCUUGGAAGCAGGCUUUCCUCAAGGUUAAUACUAGCUGCUACUCUUCCACUGAGAAAAAAAAAACACACUGUGAGACUGAACUGGCAAAACAAUAAGGGUACAAGGUGAAUCGUAUUGAGCCACAAAAAUCAUCUCACCCGCCCCCAGAUUUUUCAGCUGCUUCUCCUUCAUGACAUUAUCUACUGACCCCAAAGGACUGUAACCCCUGAACACAGACAAGAUAACACUAAAAUGCUUCAAGUGCUUAUAUUUCAGUGCUAGCUUUGCAAAUGUUAAUGUAUUCAGGGGUAGCACUAGACACUAAGAAGAUACAAUGGUUUAAUUAACAAGAAGGAACUUGGUUUAUUCGAAGUAGCUGCAAUUACUGUGUUGCAAGUUUUGAAGGGUUUCACUUUUUUUUUUUUUUUUUUAUGUUUGAGCAAAUGGGCUGAACGUACUUUAUGUAUUGAUGUAAAAUAACAUGUGUAACAGGAUGAUGCUGAUGAUGUGUUUCUCCACAAGUCCUAAAUGAGGUUUGAACCUCCUCCUUUGUCCCCCGUGGAGUUUUUGAUGGAGACUGCUUUUAAGGAACGACUAAACCACAGCCCUGACUGAGCCCUGCUGUUGCUUUUGAUACCGACGUUUUUAAACAAGGUCUUUUCCAGUACUUAUUAAUAUUAUCUUUACACCUCUUUUAAGGCUGGUUUGUGAGAUAAUCGUACUGUACACAUCAUCUCUCCUCUUGAUAGAUACGUAAAACAGGAAACUGUAUUUAGUCUUUUUAAUGAUUUUGACACUGGAAUCAAGUAUACACUGUAUGCAAGUAUAAUGUCGAAAAUAUAAGAAAAAAAUAGUUGGUACAAAAGUGCUAGUGUAAUUUUUUGUUUUUUCAGAUGAAAUGAAAGCCUUAAAUGUGCUGUGAGACAGAUUUAUUACUCACUUGAUGUUGGCUGUUGCCUCAGAGCAACCCUCUGGAUGUUGUAUUGCUGUAAAAUGGAAUAAAGGAUGCAUGGAAUAAUGAA